UAUCCACCUGUACCUGGCCGCGUCUCUUUUCCAACGACACCACUUCACCAACCUUGCAGCUGCUCGGACAGUCUCGUCUCUCGCUAGCAACGAUCCCACCUCUUUAAGCUUGGCCAAUGACUUCUGCCGUUGCCGCUGCCACAGAGGCCUCAUCUAUCUUCACCGCAGCAUCGUUCACUUCCCACUUCCCCCCCGUGACGUCAACAACCACUCUCAAGCCUCCCCAAAAGCCGCCUCGCAAGCCAAAGACGCGCGGGCGCAUUACACGCGGCCGUGUUGUACCCGCUAAACGUAUCACUGAGCGCACCCUCGUGUGGCCUGGGCUGCGGGAACGCAUUGCCGCGGAGGAGGUGCGGCGCAGCCAACUACCUCGCCGUGGCAGCUCUUCUACUCCCUCGAGCUCUGAUCCCUCGACGCCCGAAGACAAAGAUUUGCCGCACGACAUGAGCAUCUUCCUGGAGUCGUCCACGGACGACAUCGAACCAAACGAGUUCCGCAUCCCGCGCUGGGAUUGUGUCGACUUUGGGGCGCUAAAGCGUGAGUUCAACAAGAAGUUCGCUCUCGGUGGAACCUGCACGUAAGUCCCAUCACACCACAUCUCUUGCCAGUCUUGACGUCAGGUUACACCUGCGCGACCAGCCCAUCAAGCAGUCGAAGCGAAAGACAGCCGCGGAAGUUGGGUUGCGGGAGGGGGACACAAUUGACAUGCGGUACUGGUUGUAGGGAUGACCUGGAAGCGAAGAAACUUCUAUUAUGUUGU